CUCCUGUCACUGUGCUGUCCUGACACAUCACAGAGCAGAGGGUGCAUUUGAUUUGCGUCUCAAAACAGGAUGAGUGUUGUGAAGCAAGCGAUGCUGCUGCUGCUGCUGGCGGUGAUCAGCACCUACGCAGACCACCAUGACGACUGUCAUGGUCUGACCAAAAAGCUGCCAGAAACAGACCUGCACGAGAUUUUUGGGGACUGGGUUCUGGUCUGGUCCGUCUCUAAGAAUGAGCAAGUUCCAGGCCAGUGGUCUGACCUCACCAGCUCCCACGUCGAGCUCCGACUUCUCCCUGACAACCACACCAUCACCUUCACUGAGAGGAACAUGUUCCAUAAUGCGUCCUGUAUUAACUACUUCAUCAACAUGACAACGGACGAGUCUCACAACCACACACUGCAAACCAUCGGAGGCACAAUGGAGACGCAUGGAACUAUUAGUCCGGACAAUGAGUUAGGUCAUGUGGAUUUCUAUGAGAGCUGCCCUGACUGUCUGGUGCUUGUCUACAUGAGCUCUGAAGGCCACUUCCUGAUGAUCUACAAGAAGGACGGGGAACAUCGCGAUGCUGAGUUGUUGAAAGCAGCUCACAGCAAUCACACCAAACUGGCAGAGUGUCUGGGAUUCCCUCAUGACAAAGCGUUCCACUACGAUGGAGCUACAGAUUUUUGUCAUAAGAAAUCAUCUCCAGAUGAGGUUGAACACCAUGACAAGGAUGACCACCAUGACAAGGCUGACCACCAUGACAAGGCUGACCAUCAUAUCAAGGCUGACCAGCAUGAGAAGACUGAACAGCACGAGAAGGUUGAUCCAACUGAGAAGGCUGCAGAGUCCUUUGUGUCUCAGAACAGGAUGAGUGUUGUGAAGCAAGGAACGCUGCUGCUGCUGCUGCUGCUGCUGCUGGCGGUGAUCGGCACCAAUGCAGACCACGAUGACUGUCACGGUCUGAACACAACGCUGCCAGCAACAGACCUGCAUAAGAUUGUUGGGGACUGGGUUCUGGUCUGGUCCGUCUCCGACCAUCAACAAGGCUGGGACCUGCUUCCAAACGUCACCAGCUCCCAUGCUGAGUUCCGACUCCUCCCUGACAACCACACCUACAUGUUCAACGAGAGGAACGUGUACAUUGACAAGUUGUGUGCUAACUACAUCGUCAACAUGUCGACAGAAGGCUCUGACGACCACAUGCUGCACAAUCGCGGUGCCACGGUGGAGAGGAACGGCAUUGUUGAGCUGUACAAUGAGUCAGGCCAUGUGGAUUUCUAUGAGAGCUGCCCCGACUGUCUGGUGAUGGUCUAUUUUAGCCCUAGAGGCCGAUACCUGAUGAGCUACAAGAGGGAUGGGCAUCAUCGGGAUGUUGAGGUGUUGAACGCAGCGCAUGACAAUCACAAGAAACAGGCUGAGUGUCUGGGAUUCCCUCAUGACAAACCGUUCAGCUAUGACGGAGUUGCAGAUUUUUGUCAUAAGAAAUCGUCUCCAGAUGUGGAGGCUGACCACCAUGACAAGGCUGAACAGCAUGAGAAGGUUGAACCAACUGUGAAGGCUGCAGAGUCCUGAGUGGCAAACAUGGGAGGGGCAAUAUAUCAGACAUAUCCUCCACCAAUAGAAUAAAAUCAAGUACUAAAACCUG